GAUCUCGUGCUUACACAAGCCUCACUCACUAUAAAUUAAAACGUAACAACCACAGUUCUUCAUAUCUCGUCGUCUUCUUCUUCUAGACUCUUCUCUUUCUCUUCUCACUCUAAGGGGGUGCCCUGAGAUCACAUUGAGCAAUGGUGAAGGCUGUGGCAGUUCUUGGCAACAGUACUGAGGGUGUCAAUGGAAAAAUUUUCUUCACUCAGGAGGGAAAUGGCCUAACCACUGUAACUGGAUUUGUUACUGGUCUUUCGCCCGGUUUUCAUGGCUUCCAUAUACACGCCUUGGGGGACACUACCAAUGGUUGUCUGUCAACUGGAGAACAUUUCGAUCCUAUUGGCAAGGUGCAUGGUGGCCCUACGGAUGUCAAUCGCCAUGCUGGUGAUCUAGGGAAUCUCGAUGUCGCUGGUGAUGGAAAAGUCAGCUUCUCUAUUACUGUCAGUCAGAUUCCUCUCACUGGACCAAACUCCAUCAUUGGAAGGGCUGUUGUUGUCCAUGCUGGGCCUGAUGAUCUUGGGAAAGGUGGCAACGAGGAGAGCAAGCGUUCUGGAAAUGCCGGUGCCAGAGUAGCUUGUGGUAUCAUUGGUCUGCAAGGAUAAACUAAUCACAUGAAGUUGAAAACGUGCUUGAUCAUACGACGGAGCUUUAGAAUUGUGGAAUAAAGUAGCUCCUAUUUAAACCCGUUUGGUUAUGUCUGGUCUGUACUGCUGAAUUCCUGUGUUUUGCUUGUAUCGUUUGAGGAUUAUGUGUGUAUCAGUUUGCGCUUGCAGUGUGAUUCUCGAAAAAUGUGUUGGCCUUUUCUCGGCUGCAUACUGUUGCUUGUAAAAUAAUAAGUCAAUUCUCAAUAAUCUUAGCUUAAAAGAAGAAAUUUUACAA